AUGUCAGAUGAAGAAAGAAAUUUGAAAAAAGUUCGCUACCUGGAAUACUGUCAGACCAUUUGCAUGCUAUUAACUUUACUAGCAUUUGCCGAUAUUUACUCACGUAUUGAUGAUGCAGAGAAAAAGUGCCGGUUGAUGAAAGAUCAAAUAAAUUUGAAACGUAUCCGACGUGACAAAGUACCAUCGCCUUCUAUUCAAAUUUUGUUAAAUGCAUUAAAAUAUGAUAUUUUAAUAUAUUCUUUAUCAAUAAUUAAGAGUAAUGAGUUGCUUGAAAAAUGCUUGGAAAUACAUCAAUAUUGCACAGCAGAAACUGGUACUGAUCGUGGACCACCUGGACCAAUUGGACCACCUGGAUUACCUGGAAAUCCUGGAAAACCUGGACCACCCGGACGAGAUGGUCUAAUGGGAAUGCCUGGACCUCCUGGUCCACAAGGACCACCUGGAAUGCCCGGAAAACAUGGAAUAUGCCCUAAAUGUUCGCUUGCGGAGAAUUUUGAAAUGCUUCGUAAAAUGGAAUGUCCAAAAAUUGAACAAAUGAGAUGUCCAACACAAAUAAUAUCUGAUAGUGAGGGUGGACCGCGAUACAUCGAACGUCAACUACCAUAUUUUGUGAGAUUGAUGCUUUUAAAUGAUACUGAUUUAAUGCCGGAAAUUGAUAAAUGUGUUCGCAUUUGUCUACUAAAUAUAACAAUACCAUCUGAAGCAGAUAUCCCACCAAUUAGUACUGAAAUAGCGUAUAUCGAGGGAGCAACAGCACAUUGUUAUUUGAAUGAUGUUGGUAAACCGAUAUUUCAUGCUCAUUCUAAUACCUAUUUCGGAUCAUGGAUGCGUGAUGCUUAUCCACAAAAUGGUCAGGAUAUGAUGAAACGUUGGAUGACAAAACAUUUUCAAGGUGAUACAGUGGAAGAGUAUCUGGAUGAAGGUGACAUGCGACGGCAGCGUAUUUUUGUCACGCAUCAAAUGCCUUAUUUAUAUGAUGGAACAAAUCUAAUAUUUUUCAAUGGUUCAAUAUAUUUCCAUCGUGCUGGCACUCCUAAAAUUGGAAAGUAUGAAUUAAAUUCAAAAGUUUACGAUGAAGUUUUAAUUGAUAAACAUGCGGCACAUGGAGGAAAUAAUUAUUUAUUUAAUUUAUCGAUGAAUUAUUUCGAUUUGGCUGUGGAUGAGAAUGCUUUAUGGGUGUUAUUUCAUUAUGAGGAUGAAGAAUUUUUGUCUGUAUCGAAAUUAGACAUUGGCAAUUUAACUAUUUAUGAAACUUGGAAUUUAACUUUGAUUAAUCAUACCGAAGUAGCGAAUGGUUUUGUCGUGUGUGGUGUGCUAUAUUUGGUAAGAAGUUCAUAUGAAUUAAAGAGUGAAAUAGCAAUCGCAUACGAUCUUUAUCGUAAUAAAUACCGUAAGCCAAAUAUUCAUUGGAUUAAUCCAUAUCGAAAUGCUAAUAUGAUAGCAUAUAAUCCUUAUGAUAAGCGAAUUUACAUUUAUGAUCAUGGUUAUUUGUUAACUGUACCAGCACGAAUCACUUGGACAGCUAAAUAA